AUGGAGCCUUCUUCACCUCCUGGCAGGUCAAGCCCUCAGCUGGACGAUGUACUGACUCCGCGAACCAAAGUGGCGAAGAUGCUGGCUGACAUCGACGCUGCACCGACGCCAUCACCACCACAGGUGCAGCCUUCUGAUGCCACACGCGCAGACUCUCCCAGCAUUUCCGCUAGGCCCGCAGGAGACAGAAUAGGACCAUUUGAGGAGCAAUCUGAAGCCGACAGCGACGACUCAAACGACAUCAGGAGACCACAGGGCAGGGCUGCGCGGCGAAUGCUUGGACAACUCAAAAGCUCGCCACCAGUUCACGCCCAGCCCGAUGCCGCGCAUGAGAGCGGAGAUGAGCUCUACUCGACCACACCUCUGGCGGCAACACGCCGCCACACCAUCUCUCCAGUACGAUCGCCUUUAAGUGACCGACAAAGCAACGGACUCUUCGCCAGCCCGGCUAAAUCUGCCGAUGAUGACAGCGAGAACGAGCUUCCGACAAAUCCAGUCGGCCGUAUGCGGAAGCUGGAUCUGGUAGCUCAACAUCGAGAAAAACGACUGGCCGGCAAGGCCGGUGCGGACGAGGUACGCAAUGCAACAUCGUCUGACUCGCCAGAUGAGGCCUUCGAUAACUCUCAAGAUACACCUGCGGACCUGGAGGUCGAGAAGAUCAUGUCAGAUGCCAGCCGGCCGGCUCGCAAGGCCAGCAAGAAGGCUUUGCUCGAAAUGGAACGAGAGACUCAACGAAUGGCUCGUCAACAGGCACUUGCGCAUCAGAUGCGAGUCAAGAAGAAGUUCACCACGAGUGACCUCUUUGCCAAAUUCAACUUCCGGAAGACUGGCACGAAUGAGGGACUUGCGAAACAGCCGGCAGCCGCAGCGCAGACAACGUCGUCUUCUGCACCAAGCAGUGACGGACCCGAGGAGCGGAGCAAAGAACCAGUCAGCACGCCUCCAACCAGCCCUCCUACGCCGCUGGACAGACAGAAGGCGCUGGUCGAGCGAGGAGCACUCAGCAAAUUGCAGCCUGUCAGACAGGACAGUCUUACAGCACUUACCGAAGUGGACGACGAUGAGGAGUUGCCGGACUUGGCCGAGAUCAUGAGGUCAUCCCAAAUGCCAAAUGCCACGCUUGAGCCAGUGCGUGUAGAAUACCAGAAUGAAACGAAAGGACUCAAGCUUGCUCGGCUGGGCAAGAAGGCUGCUUUGCCGAAGACGACGGACAGCGACGACGAGCUGGAUAUCCUCCCAGCGCUUCCACAUCACUUGCGCAUGUUCGACAACGCAGUGGGAUCGAAGCGUGGGAGCAGACCGGCGGAGUCCAAAGCAAUUCACAAUCUCAAGCAUCUCUCGCAUAUCCACAACAGAGAUGCACAGCCGCAGAAGAAGGGCACACGUCCAUCUCUGAAUCCGACGGCACUCGAGUUACAGCUGCGGAGGCGAGCCAAGGAGCAAGCUCGAAUGGAACAGCUCGAACGUAUCGAAGAGCUCAAAGCAAAGGGGAUCGACGUUCAGACUGGGGAGGAGCGCGAGAGAGAAGCCGAAGCCUUCGAGAACUUGCUUGAAAAGGCUCGCCAGGACGCGGUGGCGUUAAGGAAGGCGGAAAGGGCUGCGGUCAAGGAGGCUGGGGGCGAAGGUGCUGUUGAGAUUAGUGAUGAUGAGGAUGAAGAUGAAGACUACCUGGGCUCUGGAAGUGAGGAUGAAGGCAGAGAGGAAGCAGAACAUGAGGAAGAUGAUGAAGCGACAGGCCUAGUCGACGAUGCUGCCAAUGAGACCGGGGAGGACGAAGACGAAGAUCUGGAAGCCGGCAGUGAAGGCGAAGGUGAGGAGGCUGCCGUAGACGAGCGGUACCCUGGUGAAGAACCGGUGGACAUCGCUGAAAACGACGAUGAAAGCCACCGGGCUGGAUCCUCGACGCCCGCACAGGUCGUGCGAAAGGGCAGGAAGUCUCGAAUCGUUGUGGACGAGGACGACGAGAACGAUCAGAACGAUCAGAACAUUGCUCAAGGAGAAGCCAUGGACGGCACUACCGCAGAAGAGUCGCAAGAGAGCCAGGACCCGUUUGCUGCAUUCGGUUUCGGAGCUGCAAACCCGACGGCCCUCAUGAGCCCAACGCAAGCCUUCAAUGCGACUAUGCAAACUCCAUCGCAAGCCACACAAGAGGGAAAAUUUGGCAGAUUUCAGCGGGAAGCACCACCCUCUACAGUGUCCUUGCCUCCAACUCUACCAGACUUCGACACACAAGACGACGAUGACACCCAAUCUGGCUUCGUCGCAGGUAGCCAGGUUCCGGAAAGCCAGAGAGUCAGCCUGAACUGGGAAACACAAAUGCCCGAGACACCUGCAACAGCAGGCAUGACCAGAGAUGCUUCGUCGCUGUGGGAGACUCCUGGAUGGGAGCCUACGCAAGACCAAGGCCUCAUCUCGCCAUGGGAUGUUGUGCCCAAGAUAAACCGUGAAGACACGCUCGACUCUAUGGCAGACCACGACACGCAGUCUACUGUGCGGCUGAGGGUGAGCGAGUCACCGGCGCCUUCGCAACAUGCGCCUCGCAGAGGCCGGCUGGGGAGAAGGCGGAUAGUUCAGGCUGAUGACAGCGACGACGACUCUCCGACAGUGCCUACAUCGAUCCGACCUGAGAAGAAAGACGCUUUCCGUGAGAUGGCCGAGCGUCGAAGGAAGGCCUUGACCGCGGUGGAAAAAGCUGAUGUGGACAAGGAGAUGCGGCAGAUGAUGGACGAAGCCGCCGAAGAAUCCGAGGACGAGUAUGCUGGUCUUGGUGGAGACGACUUUGUCGCGCCAGAAACCGAGCAGGAUCGUGAAAUGAUCGAUUCGUCUCACGUUGAGGUUGACGAACGCGCCAUUGCUGCGCACUUUGCAGAAAAGCAACGUUUGCGCGAGGAAGAGGAGACCAGCAAGUUGUACAAGGACUUGACUACGGGCAUGAUGCGACGCAAUCGAGCAGCCAAUGCCUUCGACUUGGACGAAGAUGAGGGUGAGAUUGCUCUUCGCAGGCGGCAGAUGAGGCAGCAGGAAGAAGCGAAGAAGCGAAGGGCAUUGCUCAAGGACGAGAACAUCGCUAGUUUGGCGGACGGCAAGCGCAGCAAGGGCAAGGAGGCGUUCUUGAAAGCGAUCGCAGACGAUGAUGGCGGUGAUGACCUGCUUGAUGUUGGCGACGACGACGAAGAUACUGGUCCUGCCACACAAGACGACAGCACGCAGUCACAGUCGCAGCAGGCCGCUUCUGGUGCUCUGCAGGAGACAAGCGGCAACAAGCGCAAAGCUGGCGAAGGCCCUGAAAAUGUCGAGAGGCCUCCCGUCAAGCAGAGAAGGACGGAGGCCUCCGCCUUCAAGAAGCCUACAAGCCUGCUGGAAGUCAAGGAGUCUGUCAGUUUCUUGCUUGAAGAGUCGCACGGUGGAACAACGGUCGGGCCCUCAGUCCUGGACAUUGGCUCCGACUCCGAGAACGAAUAUGGCGAAGCAGAUUUCGGUGAAGACGACGACGAUGCUGAGGUUGAAGCCGAGCAAUCGCGUCAGAACGAUGGAGGCUUUGCACCGAACACAGCAAGCUUCGACGCGAAGGCAAUGCCACCGCCUCGUCUGCCGGCCUCACAGCGUCGUACAGCCGCCCCAGCCAAGCCCGCAGUGGUCGACCGUCUUUCGCUGAAACGAGGCGCUAGCAGCGGCUCCGACAGUGCUCACAGUCGUACAGCAUGGGCUGCCAAUCCAUCGUCGGGAGGUUUCAAGGUCCCGUCCCUGCUCCGACGAGCCACAACGAACACGACGUCGAUGGCGAACGACAGGGGCGUCAGUACGCCGAACUUGUCAAGGGAGAACAGUGGUGUCAAGAUGGGAGGAAGCAAGAAGUCGUCGCUUGCGUAUCAGGCGAGGGCUGAGGAGCGGAAGGCGAUUGUGGAGGCCAGCACGAAGAGAAGGGAGGAGAAUACGGCGAGGAUCGCGCAGAUGAGGAGGAACAGCAAUGCGCUUAGCCGUGGUCUCGCUGGGCGGUUUGAGUAG